AGAGAAGAAUAGUUCAAUUUUUUCGUUUCAGUCGCUGCUUAAUUUGAAAUGUUAUUAAGUAUAACUUGGGUAAUGCCUAUUUACCUGUCAAGUUGGGGAAGAAUUUCUUUUCUUUUCUUUUUAGUUAAAAAUAUGUAAAUUUUAGGAAUUGAGAUGUUUUUAGCUGCAUGGUUCUGCGUUGAGUUUUUUGAAAGCUACGAGCUGAUGUGAUUUUCCUUCUAUAUUUGAGUUAAACCUGAGGCGAACAAUCCCGAUUCCACUUGAAUCCCCCUGUGAAAAGGACUCUGCGCUCUGGAAGUGGGGUAAACUGAGAGGGAAUCCGUUGUAUGGGACAACUAGCGUGGGUCCCGUUCCCAAGAUGGUUGCGCAGGAUUUUGUAGUUGAUUUGAACAAGCCACUUGUCUUCCAGGUCGGCCAUCUGGGAGAAGCUUAUGAAGAAUGGGUUCACCAGCCGAUUGUGAGCAAGGAAGGCCCUCGUUUUUUCGAAAGUGAUUUUUGGGAGUUCUUGACCCGCACAGUCUGGUGGGCGAUUCCAGUCAUUUGGUUGCCAGUUGUAUGCUGGUUUAUCUCUGUCUCUGUGCGAAUGGGUCUCACCUGCCCUCACAUCACUGUACUGGUGGUCCUCGGCAUUUUUACUUGGACAUUGCUUGAAUAUUCAUUGCACCGGUUCCUUUUCCACAUUAAAACAAAAACUUACUGGGGAAAUACAAUUCAUUAUCUUCUUCACGGCUGCCACCAUAAGCACCCCAUGGAUGGCUUGAGGCUUGUUUUCCCCCCUGCUGCAACUGCUGUAUUAUUGAUGCCGUUCUGGAACUUGGUGAAGCUUAUAGCCACUCCCUCAACGGCUCCCGCUCUGUUUGGAGGUGGUUUAUUGGGUUAUGUGAUUUAUGAUUGCACGCAUUACUAUUUGCACCAUGGUCAGCCAAAGGGUGAAGCGCCCCGCAAUCUCAAGAAGUAUCACAUGAACCAUCACUUCCGGAUCCAGGAUAAAGGCUUCGGCAUUACUUCAUCAUUAUGGGAUAAGGUCUUUGGAACGUUUCCUUCAUCAAAAAUUGAUGCAAAGAGCAGAUGAGUUACUACCGAAUAUAGCAUUUAUUCAUUGGUUUAGAUCAUAGCAAAAUUCAGGUGUCCAGACAAAUGUAUCCAGCAAUUGCUACUUUUAUCUGUGUAUUCAAUGUUGCUCAUUAUUAAUGCUUUGAAGAAUUAGCGUGCAUCUUGUGUUAGUUUUAUGCUGCCUCAUCCACAACAAAACAUUCUGUAAAAAGUAUUGAUAUGUUAUGCAUGAGGUUUUUGGCGGGAAAUUUUCCUGCUUGUCUGCA